AAACAUGGCGGUCGUUAAAACUCGGAAAUCAUUGUCUGUUUGCAAUGCUGAAGGGUUUGCUGUUAGUAGUUUUAGUCAAGCUGAUGCGCCUCAACGGUGCUUAUCUGCAUACCGUGCGAGUGAAACACCGCUUGCUGACAGUAGGCUAUUCCAAAAGCGGCAAUCCGAAGGCAAAGCAGAUAGCAUGGUUGCAUUGGUUGCCUGUUCAUCUCGACAAAAAGAUAUUGUUGAAGAUAUUGACGUACAAGCAAGCGGUCGAGGCUCUCGAAGUUUAGAGUCAUUAAGAAGGAAACGGCUGAGACGUAAUAAGAAGAAACGCGAAGCCAUUAAAAUGAUGUCGAAAUCUGAAAGAAAGACAAAGUAUUCUUCCAGGGCUAAAAAGGAAGUUGAAUCUGAAAUAUUGGCCAAAACAGAGAAGCGACAUAGUGAAUUGAAAGAACGCUGCAUUAAGUACCAGACGCGAUAUGAAAAGGAAAAAGAAAAAAAACUGAAAAGCUACAGGUACUUAGUGUUUCAUAUUUAUUUAUGGUAUUUAUAUUAUAAACUUUUGUAUUAUUCAGUAUAGUCAUAUAGGGUUCGAGAUUAGAAUUUCCCCCUAGUAGCAUUAAUAUGGAUUCCAGCACUUCAAAGUUGGUAUCCAAACUCAAAAACUAGUAUCCAAACGUCGUAUCCAUUGAACUGAGAACUUCAAAAGUUACAUACAUAGGACAUUAACAGCUUGAAGUCUUUGAUACUUUCAAAAUUUAAUAAUUACAAUGCAUUUCACAAUUAAUAAUUAAUUUAUAUAUUUAGGCUUGUAUCAUAAAUUUGCAAUUGCUGCCAUACACAUGUCUAAACUUCACCGGUGAAAACAAUAAUUGCCAAAUUAUCGAAAAUAUCGAUAUAUCGCAACUGCGUAGUUUUGCAUGUACAGUGUACAAGUACAGUACGUCAUUGUGCAAUCUGUGUUUUAUUGUUAGCAAUACCAGCACUACUAAUAAGAAGGCCUCUGAUUUAAGGUUAGCAAUCAGCAAUGCCAAACUGAUUGCCGACCAAUCACCAUGUCAGAGUAGUAAAAAUUGAUUAACAAAAGCCAGCAAAUUUUGCUGACCUGAUUUUGUGCUAAUUUAGGGCCUGUUUAUAUGAUCCCGCCUAGAUGGGACGGGACAUUUUCAUCCCGCCUAGACGGGAUACUUGCCUAGUGUUUAUAUGGACAAAAUACAUUGCCGGGAUGAAGCCAUUUAAGUGCUUGAAGUCAUAUUUUUGUUGCAAUAAAGGCAUUUAUGCAUGCUCAAAAGGGAAAAAAUGUAGCCGUAGCGCGUAGCCGGGAUGAAGUGUUUAUAUGGGAAUUUUUCGUCCCGGCUAGGCGGGAUGAAGUGUUUAUAUGGGAAUUUUUCAUCUCGCUUAGGCGGGAUCCCGGCAUCUGUUGCCGAGAUCCCAUCUAGGCGGGAUAAGUUGCGGGAUCAUAUAAACACUCUUUAGAAUUUGUAUUGCGAGCGGGAUCUCGGUAAGCAUCCCGUCCCGCCUGGCCGGGAUCAUAUAAACAGGCCCUUAGAGGCCUGGAUGUGUAUUUGUUCGAAAAACUUUUGAACAGCUAAUUGACUAGUCUUUCACUGGUAUAGAUAGAUAGAUAGUUUAUUAUGAUUUUACAUAGCAGCCUACAAAAGCUGAAUUGCAUAAAAUUUACAAAAAUAAUAUGUACAUAUCACAUACAUACAUACAUACAUACAUACAUACAACACACACACACACACACAUACAUACAUACAUACAUACACACAGACACACACACAUGCACAUAUCAAUAAAUAUGUACUGUAAAACGUUGGUAGCGAAGUUCAGAUCCGACCUCCACCACCGCUACCGAAAAGGAACAAAGCAGUAAAUACACCAGCUGAAUACACCUAAAAUAUAUAUAGACAUAGGGAAAAUAUAUAGCAUAGGAAAUAUUAUUCUUUUUGAAUAAUACCCAUGUUACCAAAUCCAGAGACCCAGAAACUCAGAAACCUAUAAAUACAGAAUACUAUUUUAUUAUAAGUCUUCUUUUUCAUAGAAGACCACAGUCUAUGACGACAACAGCUACCAGGCCGAAGCUCACUCAAAUAAAUGUAUCUUACCAAUAAUUUACAAUAAUGUCUUUAGGCAACCUUGCUUUAUCCAUCUCAAUUAAUUAUUAACAAUACUAGGAUGAUACAGUAUCUGCACAUUUGCCUUGUCUGCAAACUGUAUACUGUUGAAGAUGUGGUAUAGUCUGUUACCACAAGUCAGCUUUGUUGCUUUACAUUUUUUCUAUCAAAACAAUUGACUUUACUGUACAUCAUUUUCUUGCUUCUACAGUAAAAUACAGUAUACAGUAACUGUACAAAUGUAGCAACAAACUGCUUCGCAACAAAAUACCAUCCAUUUAACCUACUCUAUGUAUAUUUAUUAUGAUCAGCCUGAGACUGUUAUAUACUGAAUAUGCAUAAUGCAUGUGUAGAACAGAUCACUUCAAGAUACAAUGCCACAUCCUCUAUUCACACUUAAAUUGCUUAUCAAUGAAAAAGUUGUUCAUGUCAUUUAAAGGUCUAGUAUCUCACAAAUAUAAUGUUGAAUUAUUACUUUCAGAGUUACCAAAAGCAUUGAACGUAAAAAUCUAAAGGACAUCAGUCAUAAAGGUGCAAUACUUGGGAAAGGUGUUUUUGGUGUUUGCAAAAAGAUGUUGUAUAGAGGAAUAACUGUGGCUGUGAAGACAUUUCAAGACAAUGUCAAACUUGAUCUGGUGAAAUGGGAAGCAGAUGUUCUGAAUCUAUUUGACCAUCCAGGUACAUAUAUACUGCAUUUAAUUGUUCAGAUGAAAUGCAUACAAAAAUAUUCAUACAUUUAUUUAGUACUUCAUGACCAUGUACUUGCAUAAAUUUGUGCAGUAAAUGUUGUGGUGAGAGAAAGUGUUUUGAAUAACGUGAUACUAUCAGCAUGUACAUUAAGUGGCUGAAGAUAAAAUUGAAGAAUUAUUUAAUUCCCCUGUACAUGUAUUUUACGACCUGAAUAAUAAACAGUAAUUCUUUCACAUUUCAAACGACAGCUGAUGCCCCUUUGUCAAGCAGUUACGAAGUUGACAAAGGGCCAGUUGGCUUGAAAUGUUACCACAUACUGUAUAUCGUACAUAAUAAUAUACAUAAAGAUAUUACUUGACUGUGAUUGGUUGAUUUCAGUGCAGUUAAUCCCAAACAGCAGUGCAAUUUUCUGUAAUCACAGUGCAAUUUUCUGUAAUCACAGUGCAAUUUUUUGUAAUCACAGUGCAAUUUUCUGUAAUCACAGUGCAAAAAUCUGUAACACACUGAUCUGAUUGGUGGAAAAACAUUGUGAUGAUUAAAUCAACCAAUCAGUUUAAAGCAAUUUAGUUUAAAGAAGUAACGGUCACAGAUUGCUUCAAAACAAAACAAACAUGGCGCCGCGCUACACAAAGUAAAAGUUGCCUUCGCGUGGAAAAUAUGGCUUUUAUCUUUAUUUUUAAAUGGAAAAGCAUUUACCUUAAACAAGACUUACAAAAAAUACACAGUUGAGUGGAAUUUUCAAGCUGUUAGCGUUGUAUAAUGUGAUAAAACAAAGCCAGGAAAACUUUGCCAGUGGAAUGUUCGCUAUAAACGCGUAAGUUAAAACUACAAUUGUCUCGAAUAUUUUAAUGUAAAUUAUUAAUAAGUAAUAGCAUGGUUUCUCGUGAAAUUUGGAUAAACAUGCACUCGUGAGUUUUUCAAAGACCUCAAAUAGCACUCGUCCUUCGGACUCGUGCUAUUUUGAGGUCUUUGAAAAACUCACUCGUGCAUGUUAUAUCCAAAUUGCACUCGAAACCAUGCUAUUACCUAUACGUAAAUACUGUAUAUCGUAUAAUCUAGCCAUGUUUACUGUACGUCUGGUCAGGCUCACCUUGCCAACAAUAGUCAAUAUCUGAGUUUCCGCUGGCAUGACAACAAACAUACAAACUAUUGUUUAUGUAGCUGCAGCAUAAACAGAGAUAUUUUGUUAUAAAUUGUAAACAGGUUCAGUCUUCCAGGACCGGUGCUCAUUGACAUUUUUCAACUUUUUGGAUCGACUUUAACUUUUACCUUUUUUAUAAUUAGUGAAUUACUAAUCUUUGUAAAUGUAAAGCAAUUCAAUUCUUUUGCAUUUCAUUCAUUCAUUUUACACAUGUGAAUUUAGUUUUACAUUUUCGUCUUAUUUACAAACUAUAGGCUUACCACUGGUGUUUGGUGCUUCUCUGGAAGUGAAACCCUAUCAGCUGGUGUUACAAUUUCAUGGAAUUGAUGGUAAAUGUGUAACAUUUAAUAAAGCAAUACAAUCAGGUGUUGGUGAUCGACUUGAUUGGGUUAGCAUUUUUAAAGAAACUGCAGAGGCUCUUUAUUUCAUGCAUAAGAAGGGGUUCUUGCACAAUGAUUUGAAAUCUGAUAACAUAGUACUGUCCGAAGAAAACAAUGCUAUCCACCCUGUUAUCAUUGAUUUUGGAAAGUGUCGUAGCCUGAGUAAUCCUAAGAGAUAUUCUUUGACAGCUAAAGAGCAAAAGAAGUAUAAAGAAUAUCACCGUCACAUUGCACCUGAAGUAGUAAAAGGCACACAUUCACAAUCAUUCAAAUCAGAUAUAUAUUCCUAUGGCUAUCUCUUGAGUCAAAUGUCCAAGUUAAUUUCAAAAACAUUUGAUGAUGUUAUUGCUGACAUUUCAAUUGCAUGUGUGCGCACUGACCCAGACCAGAGACCAACAUUAACUGAAAUAGUCAUUAAGUUAAAUUACAAUGUAUAG